CUGCGCCACUCGGCCGCGAAGAAGAGCGACGCUGCGGCGAGGAGGGUGGGGAAAAAAAAUCACCAACUCCUCGUUUUUUUUAACGACACAAUGGAGCAUAAAAGGCAUUAUACGAUUUCAAAGCGUGGUUUACUGACUGGAUUUAUGGUUUUAAUUCUUUCUGCCCGGACGCCGACGCUGGCCAUCGACAUCUACACCGAGGCCGAGGUGAUGGUGGAGAACGGGACGGCGUGCGUCCUCCGCUGCACCUUCAAGUCCAACGAGGUGGUCAGCAGCUACAUCACCGUCACCUGGAACUUCCAGUCCAGUCAGCCCGACAACCAGUUCUCCAAGGCGCCGUAUGCGAUCUUUUACUUUUACGACGGGAAAGCGGCCCCCCCGCCAAAGGAGUUCAAAGACCGAGUGCAGUUCAUAGGCGACAUCAACAAGAAGGACGUGUCCAUACGACUCAACCCGGCGCAGUUCAGUGACAACGGCACCUACUUCUGCGACGUGAAGAAUCCGCCCGACUUCAUGGGCACGCCGGCGCGAACCGAGCUGCGCGUGGUCUCCAGAGGAUCUCUUCCUCGGGGCAACACGGCCGUCAUCGUGGGAGCGGUGUGCGGCGUUUUGGCCCUGCUGCUGCUCGUCCUGGUGGUCGUCUGCAUCGUCAUGAAGGUGCUACACAGCCGCCACGAUUACGAAGGCUGUAUAAACUUGGAAAACGCGCGCACCCCGCCGCCGCAGCCCAUCAAGAAGAGCGAGCCUAAGCUGGAGGCCCCCACGAGUACCAGCCGUCCGGGCCAAGUGCAGGGCCCGGUGAUAUACGUCCAGUUGGACCACUCGGGCAGCAAAAACUCCUUCCACAAGAUGGAGCCGGUGGUCUACGCCGACAUUCGCAAAAACUGAAACGGACUGAGUUGGGGGGGGGGGGCACGCGCAACAACAGAGUCCAAAACACACACAGACACUCAAGCAUCAGACCUCUUGCAUCCGCCGCCGCUGCUCCCAGGAACGCUCCCCUCUUUGUACAGCAAGUUUUUUUUGGGGGGGGUGGGGGGGGCUCCGCCAUCACGUCCACCUUCGAUCGUCAUUGUUGGGUUGUUUUGAAAUAGUCUCGCAGCCACCAAUUGCCGCCGCACCCUUUGGACACACCCGACACAAAUUUCCAAAGGAUCUUGACAUUCCUUCUUCGGCCAACGAGAUUUUCUUUUAGGAGCCCGGACGACAUCGGAUUGACUGUUUUUUUUUUGUUUUUGGAACAGCUUUGAGAUUGUUUUUGUCAUUUCACAUUUCCAUGCCAGGAAUUACAGGUCCAUCAUCGGCGAUGGCAACUCUAUUGGUGACAAUUAUUUCACGAAGUAGGAAAAUCCAAAAGGUGUUUUGAAACUGCUGACAUCAUUGCGGGAGCAACCAAAAUCAAAAUUUUUGUGCUCGCUAUCCACUAACGGGUGGGCUGGCUGACGAUUGUCGGUGUAGUCCUUCCUUCCACGCCUCAAAAACAUUUUGAAAAAAAACAUUUGGAAAAUUCAUAUCUCUACAAGUUUACAUUUUCAUUUGCAUGUUGAAAAAAACCUAUAAAAAUGUUCUCCUGGGGUACUUGCAUGCGAUCGACUUAAGUGACGAUCCUGUUAAAAAAAAAAAAAGGGCCAAACAUCUUUGCCGUAACCAUGGUUAUCAUCCGUGAUCCAGCUUUAAAGUACAUUUUUAUUUUUGAGGCCAAAUUGAGUUGUUGUGAAUGACGUCAUUCACCCGUGCAGUCUCGCGUACCCGCGUUACUGCCGUUGACUCAAAAGUGCAUUCCGGUCUCGUGGCCACGCCCCGCUAAUUUACGCUCAAGAGCCGUGCCUGCAGGAGUGACCAAGUGUCAUGACAAAUAGAAGCCACCAGAGGUCAGUAGUUGCCAAGUCAAUGAACAUGCUCGCUCACAAAAUUGACUGUCAUAUUACAAUUCUUUAAAAUAACAUAAAAAUCUCAAACUACUAUUCUCGUAAAAA